AUGCAACUAUUCUUAGUCACCCUGCUCCUUGCUCCCAGCAUCAGCGGGGUCUUGGCAGCUGAGCAGGUGCCUCUCACCACUGAGAGCAGCAGCUGCCUCUCCUCUCCCAAUUACAACAGAUGCUGCCCUCGUAAUAAAGGUUCCGGGAAAGUCGUCAUCAGCGGAAGCACGUUCGAGUACACUUGUGGCACUUGGAUUAGUCCCUCUACGAAGCAUCCGGACCGGCAUCCUACGCCUGAGGCUUGUGCCGAGGCCUGCGCGAAAGAACCAUUGUGUGUGGCAGGGUUCUGGAAAUCAGGGGCGUGCCACCUAACGCAGGAGCCCGAAUACAAGCGCUACCCCAAUCCAAACAACUACUUACUGCUUGUCAAGGCGGAUGAUGCACUCGACGAUAGCACAUCUGGUGUGACCGACGGUCGAAACUCAGCCGAGUGCGAGAACGAGAAAGACACGAUCCGCAGCCAAAUGGCAUCCCAGUGCGACAGCGAGAAGCAGAAGCUCCAGACUAGCUGCCAGGAUGAUACCCGCAAGGCGGAAGAAAGUUGCAAGCAGGAGAAAGCGGCUCUUGAGCAAAAGACAAAUGCGCUUGAACAAGAGAAGACGCAGUGCGAAGCUGACAAGUCUCGGGAGCUGAACGACGCCAGAACGCAGUGCGAAGCUUCAAAGUCUGAUACUGAAAAGCAACUACAACAAUGCCAAAGCCAGCAAGACCAGCAAGACCAGCAGAACCAGCAGAACCAGCAGAACCAGCAGAACCAGCAGAACCAGCAGAACCAGCAGAACCAGCAGAACCAGCAGGGCCAAGGCCAAGACCAGCAGAACCAAGGCCAGAACCAGCAAAACCAAGGCCAGAACCAGCAGAACCAAGGCCAGAACACCCCGCAGCAGUCUUCAACAGAAGCCGAAUGCAGUGCAAUGUCAUGGAAAGGAAUGUGCGGUGGUUUCGGAUGCGCGAACAGAUUCUUUGUCGAAGGCGUGGAGUAUGAGAGGAACUGUGGCGUUGCAACCCUGAACACGCGACAGAGGACUGUUAGGACGAACAUCUAUCCUACACCGUGGGCUUGUUUGAAAGCCGAAUGCAAUGGAAUUACGGACUGUAUGGGAAUUGGCUGGACUAAUGCAGCUACUUAUUGCCAUGUUCAUCUUCAUAAGAACUAUAAAGGCAAGAGGCUGUCGACUAACAGGGCUCACCAUGCUCUAUUCAAGGUGGGCUGGAAACAGCCAUCUUGA